CUUUUUUUGUCUAUAGUCUAGUCUACAUCUGUAAAAACUGUUGAUAGCCUUUGAUUGGUCAGUUUAGGUUUGAGGGCGGGGCUUAACUGAUCUUUAUAAUACUUAAAAUUGUCGUUGUUUCCCUCAGGUACAUUCAAGGAGCAUCCUCGCCCAAAAGAUAUGGUCAUCCUCGUAGACGUGUUUGUGAGUAUGUGUGUGUGCUGUUGCGAGCUGCACGUUUGCCUGGUUUUGGUUAUAAUUGACAUUUUUCCAUUCACAGGAGCGGCUCUCAAACUGAUCAAAGCUUCUCGGUCACAGAGAUGCUCGACACACGAUCCGACGAUUAUUACAUCAAUGUGGCCAGGGUCCGUCAGCUACUUUUGAUUGUUUGGAUUUUGAAAGUAAUUUUCAUUUGAUAGCCCAAUUUGGCAAAAAUGAUCAGGAAACGAUUAUUUAUUUUAGUUCAUUCUACUGUGUUUUCUAAACUUUCUGUGGUUUAUUUAUCAAUAUAUAGGCCUAAUACAGGAUGGGGUGUAUGCCUUGUCUUAUUCGUUUUUGUUUAUAAAUUUUAUAUUAGUUUGUCAUUGUACUGUUUUAUUGUUUGUUGUGCUUUCCAUUAAGAAUGAUAAUAAAUCCAUCUUUCAAGUAUUAAUUUUAGUCUUAUAAAGUGAAAAGUGUAAAGGUGUAAGCACAACAAUUAUCUUUUGUUGUAAAAUGUGAUACCAAGAUUACGAAUUUGAAAGUGAAAGUGUACAAAGCCCCGCCUCCACGAUGUAAUACUGGUUUUGACAUAAGCUGAUAUACCAGUGUGAAAAUCUCUACAACGUCACAGAAAAAGGUCAGCAGAAAUAGUGCAUUUUCCAUUAACAAAAGAGACACUUCUGGUAAUCGGCUUAUAAAAUAUUCUCGAAAUAUUUGCAGAUAUAAUGGAAUAAAAAUGAAUUUGUGAACCUGCCACAUUUACAUUUUUUCUCUUUUUCUGUCGUAGUUCAAUGAUAAGGCCGAGGCUGUGGUGCCCUGCUUUUAAACACCUGGUUCAGGCAAACGUGUGCAAUAAGAAGUACUUUAAAGACUCUGUGCAGCAAAUGCAGGCCAAAGGAACCACCGAUUACAAAUCUGGAUUUCACUUUGCCUUCAUCCAGCUGCUCAAUCUUGGCGCAAACGGAUACAUCUUCAUCAUUGACCCAAAUGGAUACGUGCUGAUGCACCCGAACCUGCAGCCUCAAGUGGAGGAUUUGCCAGAGCCUGUGACACUGGACUUCCUGGAUGCUGAAGUAGAAGACAGCAGCAAACAGAAGGUACAAUCUUCACUAACCUGAAGUGCUGAUUGUCCU